GCUGAACACGAACUGUUGCCAUAUCGUUUAGCGCGAGGUAAAACCAUUAAAGUUGUGAACCUCGAACGUGCCAAGGAUAUCAAACAUGUUCGAAACAUGUGUCUUGAGUCUGAUGUUUUAUUAGACCCAUAUCGACCUGGAGUUAUCGAAAAAGUCGGUCUUAAUCCGUUGGAAUUACUAAAGGAGAACGAAAAAUUGAUCGUGGCAAGAAUAACGGGUUUCGGACAAACCGGAGAGCUUGCACAACGGUUUGGACGUGAAUUAAAUUAUGUGGCACUGAGUGGUAAGUUGCUUUCAAUGCUGUUAUUCCAUUAA